GCGAAAUCCGGAGGAAUCCGCGGGAAUUGUGCGUCUCCCGAGGAGGUCGGUCCCGCUGUAGCGAUGCCAUCGAGGCGAAAACCCGUCACUCUGAGCUAUCAUCGAGCUGCCUGGCCGCUGUUCGCGGCGCACGACCGUAUAUAGAACACGACGAGUGGUUUCGCAUCAUUUUGUUCGCAUAGAUCGAAGCUAGCAGUUCCACACUUGACGUUUGCGUUAAAGCUGCACUCUCACUAGAGGCUCACUCACUGCGAGCUCCAGAGCCGUACGACCGCCCACAGAACUCCUCAUCGAUCGCAGCGAUGCUCCGCGCCGCCGCCGCGACGCACCUGCGGCGCCACAUCAUAACGCAAAGGCGGCGCAUCGCGACGCCGGAAUCGAUCCGCGCCGUGGCCGUCGACCCGAGCGGGUCGCUGACGCCCCGAGCCGUCGACCUCGCGACGCUGCGGAAGACGACGGGCGCGCCGCUGCGCGACCUCUUGAAUUUGGAUAUUGGGGAGCGGACACGACGGCAGCGCCGGGCCUGCGUGCUGCCGCGCGACAAGGCCGUGCUCCUCCAGCUCGGCGGCCUGACAGCCGUCAUAAAUGCCGACGAGGCGCUCUUCUUCGACAAUGGGGGCGAGGAGCGGCCGCGGGCCGCGUUGCGGCGGAUCGGGGCCUCCGUCGAGUUCGCGUUUCAACAUUAUAAGGCGCCGGCGUUCGAGCUUGCGGUGCUCGAGGCCGUGCUCGCCGAGGUGUCGUCGUCCUUCCAGCGGAGGCGGGACCUCUACGAGCCCGUGGUCCAGAAGCAGCUGCGCGAGGCGUCGUGCGAGUUCGACGGGUUCGGCGUCGACGGCCUGCACCGGUUGUCGGCGUUCGACGGGGCGCUCAUGUCCUUCGAGGCCGAGACGAGGCAGGCUUUGCAGGUCCUGGACGAGUUGUUAGCUUCCGAUGAAGAUAUGCUCGGGCUGCUCCUGAGCGAGCGGCGGGCCGGGACGAGUGUGGAUCCGGAGCGCCACGGCGUCGUCGAGCUGCUGCUGGAGGCCUACCACCGGCGGCUGUCGGCCGUCGCCGGCGACGUGGCCGAGCUGCGGGGCAAGGUCCAGGCGGCGACGGAGCUGGGGCGGGUGACGAUCGAUUUGAACCGGAACAAUAUUAUCAAGCGCGAUGCGGUGUGGAAAUCAUUACGGAGGCCUUCGCGAACCUCGUCGAUGGCGUAGAACCGCUACGCCAUCGAGCAGACGCUCGGAGCCAACGUCGCGUCGAUGGCGCGGGGCGCCUGACAUCUGAUUUCCACACAACACGCCAUCGAGCAGACGCAGUUACAGAGCCAACGUCGCGUCGAUGGCGUGGGGCGCCUGACAUUUUAUUUUCCACACAUAUUCAAUCUUUACUUGUCAAUGUCCGCUGUCGGCCUCGCGGCCACGACGUCGAUCGCGGGCAUCUUCGGGAUGAACCUGGUGUCGGGCAUCGAGGAGGCGCCGCUGGCGUUUGGGGCUGUCACGGCGGGCUCGGGCCUCGUCGGCGCUGCCGUCAUCGCCUGUGUGAAGAAUUAUCUGGUGCCCGGCGCACUGGUUGAUUUCCACACAGGUCGUCGCCGGCUUCCACGCGGCAAUGCGCUCCCAAAAAAGCAUCGAGCAGCGUGCACGGCACGCAGCCGACGACCGCGAGGCCCUCACCUCCCUACUCGCGAACAUGGCGACGGUCGAGAACGUCUUCGACGACGCCUGCCGCGACCUCACGCGGCCGGCCAUCGCCGCGCGGCUCGAGGCGGCGACGGGAAAAAAACCUUCAGAACGGGAAGUCGAGAUCCUCUUCGAUAUCUUUGACGCGUCGCACAAUGAUAAGAUUUCGCUGCGCGAGGCGAGGUCGGCGCUGCACCGCGGGGACGCGCACCCGCUUAUUACGUAAAAUCGGAUAUUUAGA